GCUUCCUGCUUGGGCCUCGGAGAAGACGAGCGGCUGCGAUCUCGGAGCCAUCUUCUGCCUGCCCUCUUUCUUUUCGACUGCUGCCCACGAUGAAGAAAAACCUACGGAAAAACCAGGACGAGCGUUACCGCCUAAAGUUUCAGCGCCUUUGCCGUGUGGCCAAGGUGCUGGUUUACGAGAACGCAGCUUUGUGCGAUGAGAUUGCCCGGCUGGAGGCCAAAUACCUGCAGAUACGUGAGGAGCGCCGUUUCCUGCUUACUCGCCUCUUGCAGGCACAAGCCGUGGCUGAGGAUGAAUCUCCCAUGCCAGCUGUGGCAGCCGGCCUGCAGCCUUCCUCAGAUGAGCCGCCUACUCGCAAAAUACGCCGGGAACGCAAAGGCAAAGAGAAUGGCCGAGCGUCCAAACGCAGGGCACCUCUGGAGCUGGGCAUACGCAAGCUGGUCCCCCCAAUUCCUUUGGAUCCUGCCGGACGGCCAAUUUUUCCUAUUACUUUAGGUUCACUGACUGUCUACAGUCUGGGUGAUAUCAUCUCUGACCGUCCUGGUUUCCACACUGAGAAUGCCAUCUACCCUGUGGGGUAUUGCAGUACCAGAGUUUUUGCCAGCACCCGCAGGCCAACUCACCGCUGUCUCUACACGUGCCAGAUCAAGGAUGGGGGCACUGGGCCUCGCUUUGAAAUGGCCCCUGAAGACGAACUGGGGGUAGCAAUAUCAGGAUCCACUCCGGAUGCCUGUCAUAGUCAGCUGUUGGAAGCAGUGGGUGCUGGCCAGCUUGAGCCAGCAGGGGCUGAAUUUUUUGGGUUGUCACACCCCGCAAUCCAACACCUUAUCCAGAGCUGCCCAGGGGCACACAAGUGUGCUGGGUACCGCUGGUGCCGCUUUGAGGUCUGCCGCUCGAAUGAUGGACCCCCUCCUGAGGGGCUGUCUCCGAGGAAUCCGGGCACUGAUUUUGAGGCCUUCCAGAGUCAAGGAUUGGCUGGGCCUCUGAAUCUGGAUUUCCCUGCGGCUUCUCCUUCUCCACCCAGCGGAAAUGGCUACACUGAACUUUUCCUGCCUUGUGCUACUUCGGCUGGGUCCCCCCUCCCUCCGAGUCCAGAAACUGACCCCGAUUGAGAACAGCCAGAGGGCAGCUUUCCAGGUGCACCACUCUUUCGUUCUAGCUCCUCUGUGGGGAGUAUUGCCUGAUGUCACUAAAAUGGGCUUGAUUGAAAUUUUCAGGGGCUUUUUUCUUUACCUUUAGGUCUACAGCAGCUCCAAGCACCCGCUUUAUCUCUUAAGCCUUCCAUAGGAACAGUAAGAAUAGAAGUAAUUUAAAAACUACAUUAGCAGGAAUCAGGGCUUUUAAAGGGGGUUAUGGUAUUUUAAAAUUCCGAGGUUCACAAACUUUUGGAACCUCAA